UUUAAAACACACACACACACACACACACACACAGACAUACAUACACUGGGCACACACACACACACGCGCCAACAUGGCUGUGACGCUCGGCAGCUACUCCGUGUCUUUACUCGGAAUAAGCGUUUUCAUCGCCACGCUCACCUACCUGACGUACAGGCUGCUCAGCGACUACCUGCACCAGUGGUUCGUGAUGAAGCCCAUCCCGCAGCCGGCGGGGACGUAUCCCUUCAUCGGGAACGCGCACCAGUUCAAAACCAACGCAGGCGAUUUCUUUCGACAGAUUGAGGAUUUAACAGCAGAGUUCAGCGGCGAGCCGCUGUUCAAACUCUGGAUCGGACCGGUGCCGUUUCUCAUUCUGUUCCACGCGGAAACUGUCGAGGCAAUUCUAACCAACACUGUCCACAUGGAGAAAUCAUAUUCGUACACCUUCCUCCACCCCUGGCUUGGAAAGGGCCUUCUAACAAGCACCGGGAACAAGUGGCGUCAGCGGCGGAAGAUGUUGACCCCCACCUUCCACUUCUCCAUCCUGACGGACUUCUUGGACGUGAUGAACGAGCAGGCGGCCAUCCUGGUGGAGAAGCUGGAGAAGCAGGCGGGGAAGGGCCAAUUCGACUGCUUCAGCCACAUCACUCUGUGCGCGCUGGACAUCAUCUGCGAAACCGCAAUGGGGAAGAAAAUUUACGCCCAGAGUCACUCCGACUCGGAGUACGUUAAGAGCGUCUACAAAAUGAGCGACAUCGUGAGCCGCAGGCAGAGGACGCCGUGGUUCUGGCCCGACUUCGUGUACAACUGCUUCGGCGAAGGCCGCGAGCACAACGACACGCUCAAGAUCCUGCACUCCUUCACUCACAAAGUGAUACAAGAAAAAGCGGCGAGCGUUUCCGCCACGGGUUCGGACAGCGACUCCGAAGAGGGCGCCAAGAAAAGGCCGGCCUUCCUGGACAUGCUGCUGAAGACCACGUAUGACGACGGCAGCAGGAUGAGCCACCAGGACAUCCAGGAGGAAGUGGACACCUUCAUGUUUAGGGGACACGACACGACGGCGGCCUCCAUGAACUGGGCCGUGCAUCUGCUGGGCUCCCACCCGGAGGCGCACAGCAAAGUGCAACAAGAGCUCCAGGAGGUGUUCGGUUCAUCUGACCGGCCCGUUAACAUGGAGGACCUGAAGAAGCUCAAGUACCUGGAGUGUGUGAUCAAGGAGGCGCUGAGGCUGUUUCCCUCAGUGCCGUUCUUUGCCCGCAACAUCGGAGAGGACUGCCACAUCAAUGGUUUCAAGGUGCCCAAAGGCACCAACGCCAUCAUCGUGACCUACGCCGUCCACCGGGACCCGCGGUACUUCCCCGAGCCCGAAGAGUUCAGGCCCGAGCGCUUCCUGCCGGAGAAUUCUGUGGGAAGGCCUCCGUACGCGUACAUCCCCUUCUCCGCCGGACUCCGCAACUGCAUCGGUCAACGCUUUGCCCUCAUGGAGGAGAAGGUGGUCUUGGCGGCCAUUCUGCGGAACUUUAACAUCGAGGCGUGUCAAAAGCGGGAAGAGCUCCGGCCGGUGGGGGAGCUCAUCCUGCGACCGGAGAAAGGCAUCUGGGUCAAACUGGAAAAGAGGAAAAGCCAGACUUAAUCAAAUCAGCACCUGCAGCCGCUCCGCUCCGCAAAAGCUUUUCGCUAAUUUAAUCAUCCUUUUUGGAACUCUGUUUAAAAGCCCAUCCUUUCAACUUCGAGUGGGUAUGUAAUGGCCUCUUAUCGGGGGGGGGAGAGAGUGGCCGCUGGGUUUCAUUUGAAAAUCUUACCAUCACGGUCUCUCUCCCGGUAUCGGGAUUCGACUGUUAGUUUUGGGGCAAACAGGUUUGUGAUUUACUAAUCUGGCUCAACAACUCUGCACUUGUGUGGUUGUGCCCAAGGAAGGUUGAAACGUAACUGUGGAAAUGAUAUUUCGCUAUAAGCGGCUAAGAAGUGACGAUAAAAACGCUUAGCAGAGCACAUGUGUAUCACUUUAAGAAAAGUAUCUGGUUGUUAUGAAAGUUAUUAGUGAUUGAAAACAUAAUUUAUCAUCGAUUUUCUAGGUUCCAUGCAUUUUAAGAAUAAGGGUUACAUACAGUGAUCCACAGCUUUUACUCAUUUGUUUUUUAAUGAGUAAGUAAUUUUUUUAAUUUAAACAAAAACAUGCUUGAAAUGCAUCUAAAGUUGUACUUGUUGAAAGAGCUCAUGAUGAAGGUGAGAUUAUACAUAUUUUGUGGUAAUAAAAGCCUGAAGCUUUACUCUUAGUUGCCGCUCUGCAUCACUAACAACUGAACGUUACAUUUCAAACCCCGUGCUGCAUUUCUUUCGUUGCAUCACCUCAUACGACAUCUCAUUUGCUCACUGGUGUGUUUGAUGGGUCAUCGACUUACUGCGGAUGGGAAGGAUGCGACGGACUCCCUCGGCGAGCAACACGCCUGGUUACCGCUUUGGUCUGGUGCUGAUGCAGAAGUCCUUCACGACACGUCAUGGAGUCCACAUAGCAACCGUGUCCUGUAACAGAACCCACUCAAGCAGCAGCGCUGCCACACUUUAAGGGCCGAGGAGACUGAAACAGAUUUCAAUCAAGAGUGUAACUUUGAGGGACGGAACUUGUCAGACAACUCUUAACAUUGUCAAAUUUGGUCUUUAGUACAUUUUAAUGACUUUUUUUUAGAUAUAACUCCCCUCUGAUGAUAUGACAAUCCAUUCAGGUUCAUAGUUGCAAUAAGCCGAGCUCUUUAGCCACCGAAUCCCAUUGAGGUCACAGGGAUCCAUUUGAACAAAGUGGUAAUAAUAGCAUGACACACUUCCAAAUGACCCCAUCCGUAACGUCACCAGAUGAUUUAGCCGGCACGGCUGGGAGGGUUAUUGCCGAAGACCAGAACAAGAGGUCCGAUGAUGAAUUGAAUGCUCUCUCUCCUGAAGUAUUGAGCACAUCUGUAAUCAAUGAGAGAGCCUGAGCUCUAACUGGAGAAGGAGUACAUUUGUCUGAGGAAUCGUAAUAAACUGCUUGUGCUAAGAGAA